ACAACAAUAAAUUUGUGCGAGAAAAUUGUUGUUGUUAAUUUUGUGCUGUGUUAUUGUGACGAAAAUGGAUAAGAAAAUCGGGGAAAAUAAGCAAUGCGAGUUAACCCGCAUGAAUGUAGAGCAAGAAAAGGUGGUUGCGAGUACUUCUUGCGAAAUUGAAGCGGUUCAAGAAGUCGUCGGGGAAUCUAACCUCAUUUCUAAAGAAAACGAAGGUGAACUCGUUGAUAUUGAAAGUUUUUCGAUGGCUUCUACUGCAAACGUAUUGUCUCUUGUAAACAGAGCGAUUAAAGAUUUAAUUAAUUGUAAGACGAAAUUCGACGUAAAAUUAUCAACGACUGAAUUAAAACUGGAAGAAGCCACCAAACACUCCGAAAUUCUUCAAAGUCGUAUUGAUGAGCUUAAUCAAGAUGUUGGCGAGAUGGAAUCACGUCGUGCUUUACAAAAUAUCGAUAUUGAAAUGCUCAAGGAAGAUUUUAAAAACGUCCCGGAGGUGAUAAAAGUUCUUAACGAAAAAUAUGAGGAGGUUGCGGUACGUUUAAACGAAGCUUUUGAUAGGAAAAGACGUUUUGAUGAAGAAAUGCGUAAACUAGAUCUUGAAGAGAGCUUAAUGAAGACGCACUAUCAAGAGAAAAAGGAAAUAUUACAAAGAAAACUUGAGGAAAAGAAGGAAAGUGUUGAGAAAAAUCGAAAGAUGCGACAAGAAACUUUAGAUGAACAAAAACGUUUAUUAAUUGAGGCUAAAAAUGCUCUUAAAGAAAAACGGGAUGAAAAAAAUCAAAUUUUGAGUCGUAUUGAAGAUAAAAAAAGGAAUCUUGAUGAUAUGGAGUUAAAAAAGUCUGAUUUGGAAGAUAAAAAGAGGGGGUUAAUUGAGGUUAAAGAAAAAGUUAAUUUAAAAAAUGAAGAUUUAAAGUUGAAAUUGGAAUCAUUUAAAAAUGAAUUAGAAAUAAAUAAAAAUAUGUUAAAAGAGUCGUUAGAAACUCUGAAUGAAACUAAUAAAGUUUAUGAUGAAUCAAAAAAGCGAUUAGAUGAGGAAAAAAAUAAAAAUGUUGAACUCACAAAUAUAGUUAUAAACAAUAAAGAACAAUUAGAAACCCUUAAAAUUGAGGGGCAAAAACAAUUAAGUCAAUUAAAAGAAACUUGCGAAUCUUAUUCGAACCAAAUUGAAUCAUUAAAAGUAAACCUUGAAAAUGUAAAAGAUGAAAAUGAAACUUUAAAUCAAAAAAUAUCCACUUCCAAAACUACUUUAACCGAAUUACACGAAAACAUUUCUUCCAACAAAUUAAUUCUUGACGAUCUCAAAGCUAAAGCUUACACUGAUUCGGAACUUUUCGCCUCAGCUCUAGCUGACCUAGAAAUAAAUAAACACCAAUUAACCGAGUUAACCAAUUUACUCGAAGAUUUACAAAACACCCACGCAACUCUUAAACAACAGUACGAAACCAAAAAACACAAAUUUGAUCUCAUGGAAAAUGUUAAAAAGGAAUUAAAAGAAACCGAAGAUUUCACCACGAAUCUAUACAAAGAAAAAGAACGAUUUUACAAAGAGAAUAAAGAAAAAUUACAAAAUGAUUUUGAAACUUUUAUGUCUGAACAAGAUGCGUUAAUUAAUAAUGAGGAGAAAAUUUUGGAAGAGAAAAAUGUGGAAUUGAAAAAUUUGGAAAAUAGGAUUGAGGAGAUUAAUACUAAGGCUCUUUUAAAGAAACAAUACGCCGAUCAAACUUACGAGAAAUGUAACGAAAUUGAGAGAGAGAAUGUGCAUUUAUCGUCGGUUUUGAAUAGGAUGAAAAUGGAGGUUGUAAAUCCGCGAAGAGAUGUAGCGCGGUCAAACCAACCGAUGCAAAGAGGGAUUUUGAAGAGUCCUAAUGAAAAUGUUGGGGGUGGUGGGAAAAAAGUUACUUUUGAGCCUGCGUUAGGGAAUGCUUCUGUUACCAGUCAAGAUAGUUUUGAUCAGAUGUUUAAGCAGUUUUUAGAUACUGAUAAUGUUGAAGAACCUAAACCGGCUGGGGAGUUGGUUGAUUUAACAGCAGUUUCACCUCCACAAAAAGAUAAUUAAUUUAUUAAUUAGUUAAGUUAAAUGUUAAUUUGUUAUAUUUAAAUUAGUUUCAAUUUAAGUUGUUUCGAACACAAAAAUUACCAACAUUUUGGUAGCGAUAUAUAAUCGGCUCUAAUAAUGUUACGGAAAGAGGCGUGCAUUAUUAAAGGUUUCCGAGGCGGUGAAUAAACUCGGAAGGUGAAAAUGGAGGUGUGGAUACGUGCACAAUUUCUCCAUUUUUACCGGCCGUUGUUUAUUUAGCCUUUCUCCAAGGUAUAUUAAAAAAAAUCGUGUUUUUUAUAAAAAAUAAUCGAAUAAAAUUAUUUCCAGGUUAACGAAUACUUUAAUGUAUUAUUUAUAAAUUAACUGUUUUUACGAAUGUAUCAGGUGGUUUUAAACUUUUUUUUCCCCCCAAAUUUGUGUACGUCACGUAAUGUCCAUCUUUCGAAGUCCCGGCAAUUAAAGCGCCACGUAAUGACAUUCAACCUUAAUCUUCUUCGGGUAAUUAAGGGUGUCUGCGCUGAUACCGCCACUGCUGGUGUAUUAUUAAUAUUAAAUUAAGAGGCGUGUGGUUAAUUAUAGACCGCCUAAUUUCAUGAAAUUUAUAUAAGAGUUAACACGCUGGUAUAUAUUUGAACUUGAAGGUGUUUGAAUUGUGAUAUGUAAAUAUAAAAAAAAAUUGAUAUAUUUGUAUGUUAAAUUGUAAAGUGUACGGAGUUAUUUUCAUCUUGUUCGUUUCUUGGAAUACUUGGACUCAACACGUAUCAAAAA